AGCUACCAGCUACCAGCAGCAGCUCCGGACACACAGACAGCGUCUCAGCGUCUUCGGCCUCUGUGGAUGGAAGUGUUGAGCUCAGCGAUGGGACCGGAGAGAGUCUUACCGAGCUCCGAGGACGAGGACGAGCGGCCCGCUGACGGAGAGAUGCUGGCGGGGGGGGCGGCGGUGUGGAGCGGGGGGGACGGAGGAGGGGAGGAAGAGGAGGAGGAAGGUGGGGAGAUGGAGCUGGACGGAGAGGAAGAGGAGGAGGAAGGGGAGGUGAACAACGGAGGAUAUUAUUACCAACCUCUGAACCAGGAGCCGGACGCACUGAACGUCUCCACGGCUCCACCGGGGGAGGAAGAGGAGGAGGAUGAAGAGAGGGGGGAGGAGGGGGGGGAGGCGCCGUCACACACUGAGCAGCUGCAGCAGGUGCAGCAAAGGAUAGAGGUGAUGGGGCUGCACCUCCCUGAAGCUCCGCCUCCUGACAGUGACGAGGAGGAGGACCCUGAGGGGGCGGCAGCCCAUAGAAGCGCCGCCUCCAUCCCCAUGGACGAAGACCACGUGGAGCUGGUGAAGAGGACGAUGGCGGCCAUCGCGCUGCCGUCUCUCGGCGUGCCGUCGUGGGCCAAAGAGAUCUCCGACGACCAGUGGAAGGACGUGGUGGAGAACGCCAUGCAGAGCCGGCAGAGCGCCGCCGCCAUGCGCCUCAACCGCAGGAACAACAUCAACUGACCCUGAACGCACCACGGACACUUCAGGGACACAGACACAGUGUGGGAAAUAACAGACAGCCUUACAGCCUCUGUCUGAACCCAAACACGUUUCCAUAGUUACAGUGAAAUUUAAGGUUUAAUGUGAAGUUGAAUGAAGCUGCUUGAAACUGAGAAAACGGAUUUUCUCGAACGCAUCGUCACCUCAUUAAACGCAGUUUCUGAUUUUAGCUCAAAAAGUGAAAAUCAGAUAAAAAUAAGAUUCAUUAUUUCUUUUUUUAUUUUAUGUGUUUCUUAAUCAGAAUAAAUUAAACCAAUCAGAGCUGCUCUAAUAAUAACGAUCCAUCACUCUGCUGAUUAUUGCUUUACUUUAUUAAACAUCUCACGGUAACGCUUCAUUUUACAGGUUCCUGAAUAUAUCACAAAUAUAAAUAAUUUACUGCUUUUUAACUGGCAGAAAAUAUUUAGUUUUGUGUGGAAAACUAAAUAUUAAAUUCUUUAUUAAAAACUCUCAGCACAUUUCUGCCACCAAACUACAUUUUACAUUUCAAACAAACACUUCUCUGUAUUUUUAUUUAUUUAUUUAUUUAUUUUGGAUAAUUAAAAACUUCACAUGAACCCAAAAAAUAAAUUUGUACCAAAAUGUUUUACAGAGUCUUGAACAUAUCUCCAGAUUACAACUUUCCAGAUUUUCUAGAAGUGAGGAUAAAAUGAUGGGACCUGAAAAAUAAAGAAGUGUUACCAAUUAAAAAAAACAAGUAAAAAAUGUUGAUCACAGUGUUCAGAGUUGAAUGUUUUGUCUUUUCAGGAGAAUAAUCUGUAAAUAAUCAUUUUUACCCCCAAAAAAGAGGCAAGUUUACGUGUUUACGAGCCCUCAGUUCUGUCUGCAGGCGUCUGUCAGCAGCCUGAAGCCUGAGAGACGAAACCCAGGGUAAAAAAAAAUGUUUAAAAUAAACCUGAAAUCAUGAAAUGAGGAGAAAGUGAAAUAACAUCCUCACAGAGACGAGAGAAAUAUAAUAAUAACUUAAUGUCACAAAGCUCCGUCCUCUCUGUGUUUGUUGUCAUCAGUCGAAGAAUCGUUUUUAUAUCAGAUUCAAAAAUUAAAAAAUAUAAGAUCUGGACUCAAAAACUGGAAUUUUUAAAUCUGUGAAAUUAUGAUUAAAAAAUCACAAAGAAAGAUAAAAAGAGAAAAUUACAGAAAUAUUUACAACUAGAGCUGCAAAUAUUUAAAGGAACAGUCUGUAAAAUUAAAUGUGUUUUUCUUCAUAUCGACAAAUUUCGUGCUUGGACCAUAGACUGUAUAUAUAAUGGACGUAACAUCCGUAACGUCACCCAUUGGUUUGUGGACUGCUGCUCGGAGGCCAAUAGUAUCGGAUCUGAGCAGCGCCAUCUUGAAAAUGUCAGGUGCAUGCUGGGAAAAAUAAAAACAGGGAUUCUACUUAUAUGGGCAUCAGGAGGAGCAUGAGGCGCCCUCCUGAACCUGUGAACCAAUCAACCUGUCAAUCACCACGUAGCCACGCCCUAAUGCAUACCCUGCUUUAUCGUCACAUAUAAAAUCAGGGAGGCCAAAAUGUCCCAAAUGAACAUCAUACUGCAUUGAAGAAGGCUUUAAACUAGCGAUUGAGACCAUAAACACAUUUUGAAAACGUUUACUGAGGUUAGAAAUCAAGUGAGAAGUUGGUGAAUUCUCCAUUGACUUGUAUAGAGACGGAAGUCCUUUUGACACCAAAACGGUCGCCCCCUGGUGGCCUUUUGAUAGAAUGCAGUUUUAAGUUACUCCAAACUCUUCAGAAUAAGGAACUUUACAUGUUCCUUUAUUCUGAAGAGCUUGCUCCUUUUAUUGUGAAGAGUUUGCUCCUUCAGUUGAUUGUUGGUUUGAAUCCAAAUAUGAAGAAAAAUAUAGAAAUUCAAUCAAUCAAAUUCUUUCCAGCUUCUCAGUUUCUGAUCAAUUUUCUCCUUUUUUGUUUCAUGUCAGAAUAUUUUGAGGUUUCUGUUCAUUUUAAGAUGAAAUGUUGGAAAAUGAUGAAACUUUUCACUAUUUUCAGGUGUUUUAAAGACCAAAUGUUUGAUGGUGAAAUUAAUAAAUGAUCAUUGUUGCAGCUCUAGUUGUAAAAAUGAAAAUAUUCAGUAAAAGAAUGAAGGAAACGUCACAUUCCACCUGAAAGCCUUUAAUUUGUUUUAAUGAUUUAACCUGAUUGUAUGUCUGUCUGUGUGUGUGUGUGUCUGUGUGUGUAUGUGUGUCUGUAUGUGUGUGUGUGUAAGAGAAACACAGGAACUCUCAUUGUUAAACAUGUCCACUUUAUUUCUUUUUAUUUUGUUCUGUACAUACAUGAACAUCUGUACAAAAUUGGACUUUCAUACGAUGUAAUACUCUAAUUAAAGUACAACAUAUGUACAGGAUGACGGGAAGCAGCGUUACUCUUUAUUUAUUCUUUUUUAAUGUUCUGUAUUUGUGUCUCAUUGAAUCACUGCUGGACAAAAAAACCAACCAAAAAACAUCCAACACUCACUUCUUCUCUCUUUCUCUGUUCGAGCUCCUAAAUUCUUACAUUUACAUCUGAGGCAGUUUGGGAAUUUAGGGAGCUGCACCUUUCCUUCCCUCCUUCCUUUUCCGUUUUUGGCGUUUGUUUUGUCCAGCAGUGAGCGAGCGAGGGGGGCGGAGCUAUCCCACCUUUGGAAUGGUCACAUGACAGCGAGUUGAGGACCACGUGCAACAAGCAACGACUGCAACAAAAAAACAGCUGGCGAGAAAAAUAAUCAUAAAAAAAUAGGAAAAGGAAAUGUCCCUGUGGGCGUGGCCUGUAUGGGGCGUGGCCUGUAGGGGCGUGGCCUGUAUGGGGCGUGGUCACGAGUCAAUAUACAACAACAAUAACUGCAGGAAGAACCGUCUGAAGAAUAAAGAUUUAUUUUUCUUUUAUAUAUUUUGUUUCAUCUUCUGGAUUGUUUCUGCGCACGGAGACGUUUCACUUUGAUCAAUAUUGCUGUGAAACGCUUCGAGACUCUUUCAGACUCUUUGAGACGCUUCGAGACUCUUUGAAACUCUUACAGACUCUUUCAGACGCUUCGAGACUCUUUCAGACGCUUCGAGACUCUUUGAGACUCUUUAAGACGCUUCGAGACUCUUUAAGACGCUUCGAGACUCUUUGAAACUCUUCGAGACUCUUUCAGACGCUUCGAGACUCUUUGAGACGCUUCGAGACUCUUUAAGACGCUUCGAGACUCUUUGAAACUCUUCGAGACUCUUUCAGACGCUUCGAGACUCUUUGAGACGCUUCGAGACUCUUUGAAACUCUUUCAGACUCUUUCAGACGCUUCGAGACUCUUUCAGACGCUUCGAGACUCUUUCAGACGCUUUGAGACUCUUUGAGACUCUUUAAGACGCUUCGAGACUCUUUAAGACGCUUCGAGACUCUUUGAAACUCUUCGAGACUCUUUGAAACUCUUUGAGACUCUUUCAGACGCUUCGAUACUCUUUCAGAUGCUUCGAAACUCUUUCAGACGCUUCGAGACUCUUCGAGACUCUUUCAGACGCUUCGAAACUCUUCGAGACGCUUUCAGACGCUUCGAAACUCUUCGAGACUAUUUCAGACGCUUCAAGACUCUUUCAGACGCUUCGAGUCACUUCGAGACUCCUUCAGACGCUUCGAGUCACUUCAAUACUCUUUCAGACGCUUCAAGACUCUUUAAGACGCUUCGAGACGCUUCGAGACUCUUUCAGACUCUUUCAGACGCUUUGAGAACAUAAACAGGCGAGACGGAGCAGCGAGGCGGACGAGGUGAAAGUUCGCAGGAAGUAAAAGAUUUAGUUAAAGAAAGUUUGUUAAUGAAAGAAAAGAAGAAGAGACAGAGGUUCAUCAUUGGUCGGCUCGUUGCAGCUCUGAUUGGAUCAUUUUAAAACAACAAUAUUUAUAAUUUAUUGGAUUUUAUGACGUCAAACGUCACAAAACACAAAACGUCACAUUAGAUCAAAACGUGUUUUCACUGAGAAUGUAAACAGACGUGACAGCAGAGGAUCAUGGGAAUGUGAGUCUGCGGGGAGCAGCAGAAGAAGAACAGACAGGAAGUUUAAACUACGGCUCCUUUUAAUGUGAAUAUUUUCUGUUUCUGACUUUAAGAAACAUUUUUCACCUUUUAGUAGCAGCUCAGACUUUCAGUACUUAAGAGUCUGUUCUCCUGCAGCUGCAUUAUGGGAAAUGUAGGCGUUGAGUUUAAUAAACAUUCGAAGGUAAAAGAAGAGAAACUUUUAACUGGUCUGACAGGAAGCUGUGAUCAGCUGACAGCAGCGCGUCUGAGUGGAUGAUGUCAUCAGUCUGAACUCCUGGAGGAGUGUUUGACCUUUGACCUGAUGAGGGAGCCUUCAUCUCUUCAGAUCUGAGGUUUUUCUUUUUUUAGUGCUUCUAAACGACGUCAUCGGUUUAAAAUCUGAUUGGACGAUAACGGCGACGGGGAGGGUUCUCCGGGGUUCUGCUGGAUGCUGAUUGGACGUCUACAUUCACUGUGUCUCCUCCUCCUCAUCAUCAUCACCACCACCAUCAUCAUCAUCAUCAUCGUCAGUCCGUCUAAAGCUGCUUCAGUCCAGCACUGAUCCAGGCUGAGAGCUGAUUAGUCGGGUCAGUGAACUCAUCAGUGCUGCGUUCAGGUGCAUCGGGACACAGAGGAGGCGUUGUUAAAGAACGUAGAACCGAGGUCGGCUCGGUUCUAUGUUCUUUAACUACAAACACACUGAAGCUCGUCUUAGUUUGGCAGUUUCUGUUCCUGUUCCACCAUUACCGUUAGUUACCGUUAAAGACGUGCAGACAGUUUAACGGACUGUGAGUGUGUGUCUGGGUUUACUGGGAACGCUGGGAACUGUGGUUGAACAGCACCGAGAACACAGUCACACUGAUAGCAGCAAAACACACAUCACACAUUCAGAAUCACAUGAUUGAUUUAUCAGCUGAUUUAUAAACAGCUGAUUCAUGAACAGCUGAUUUAUGAACAGCUGAUUCAUGAACAGCUGCAGACGAGUUUGACAACAACAAAACUACAAAAAGCUUUUUUCUUUCAUUCCGAUGGAGGUAAACACGUUUAUAGAGCGGAGCUUUUACAGACUGUAAAUGUCAAAAACGAGGAAAAGUUUUUACUAAAGAAGACGAGAGCUGCUCAGUGAGUGAUUAAACUUCCUCUGUGGUCCGUUUUUAAUGUCUGUACAGCCUGUAGUUUGUUCUCUGUGUGGACGGACGUCAACAACAACCUGGAGACAGUCUGAAAGCACAGAUGUAGCUCUGAAGUUUGUUGUUCUGUAGUGUUGUAGCUUGUAGUUUGUAGUGUUGUAGUAUUGUAGUUUUGUAGUGUUGUAGUUUGUAGUUUGUAGUUUUGUGGAGCAGCAGACACAGCAGCUACAUGUGGAGUUUCAGGUGUUUGAGUUUCUGAGGUGGAAAAGGCCGACAGGUGAUGCAUUCAGGGACCUGGUGUCUCGGUGCCUGGCGGUGCGUUCAGUGUCGGCUGGGAAGCUGCAGCAGGUGUUUGAAGCGGAGAUGAAGGUGUUAGAGGUGUUAGUGCAACAUGAAGCAGAGUCAUUCAUCACAGUUUGAACACCAGCGGACAGACGGAGCUCUACAGUGUCCUACUUAUUAUCGGCCACCGGGGGUCAGUCCUGAUCUGACCCCGGACCGGUUUCUCCACGACAACGUUAACUUCCUCCCCAGAGAGACGGACAGGAGGGGGGC